AUGCCAUUCCUCGCCCAAGAACAUUUUCCCAUCCCAACGAAGGACAUCACAUCAUGGACCUUCGACGACCUGGCCUCACGCUACGACUGGGAUGAUCCGAUAUACAUCGACGGCAACAACCCAAGCAACUCCAUCAGCGCUCGCCAGGCUCUGUCGCUCACCCGGAAAUUGGUCGCCGGCUUUCGAGCCAUUGGAGCCAAGAGAGGCGACUGUGUCUGCAUCAAUUCAUUCAACGAUGUCCAGUACCCGAUCCUCUUCCACGGCCUGGUGGCGGGUGGGCUCGUCUUCUCUGGUGUCAACCCUGCGUACACCGCGUAUGAACUGGCGCAUACGCUGAAGAUUGCCAAGGUCAAGUAUCUUCUCACGCAACCGGACAUGCUUGAGAAUGUUUUGAAAGCGGCAAAGGAGAUUGGUCUGCCGAAGGAGAACAUUAUUAUCUUCAAUCCGAAUGGGGAGACGGCGCCGGCUGGCUUUAAGCAGUGGAACGAUCUUUUGCAGCAUGGCGAGCAGGAUUGGGAGCACUUUGAUUCUCUCGAGCGUUGCAGCAACACCACCGUCGCUCGCCUCUUCAGCUCAGGAACGACCGGCUUACCGAAGGCCACCGACCUCAGCCACUACAACCUGAUCGCCCAGCACACCCUGGUCUUUGAGGCGGACUCAAGAGACUGGAGGGUGGGGCGGGUGCUUAACCUCCCUAUGUUCCAUGCCGCAACGCUCCCUACUGCUUUCACAUCAAGCCUCCGCUCUGGACACAGGGGCGUCGUCUUCCCUCGUUUCGAGCCGGAGUCCUGGUUCCGCGCCCACGAGAAGUUCGGCAUCACUGACUUGACGGUCGUCCCGCCCAUGGCGAUCCUUGCAAUCAACCACCCUUUAAAGGACGUCUGUAGUCUUAAGUCGGUCAAGGUGGCGAACUGUGGCGCUGCACCGCUCGAUAAACACCCGCAGUCGCGACUACAAGCGCUGCUCGGGGAGGGCGUACCUUUUACUCAAGUCUGGGGCAUGACUGAGACCUCCUGUAUCGCCACUCGGUUCCCAUAUCCGGAGAGCGACACCACGGGGAGUGUGGGCAGACCUCUCCCGAAUCUUGACAUGAAAUUGGUGGACGAUUCUGGCAAGGACAUCACGGAUUAUGAUGUGCAAGGUGAGAUCUGCAUAAGAGGGCCGACGGUCGUAAGAGGAUACUUCGAGAAUCCGGAAGCAAACAAGCGGGAUUGGGAUGAGGAUAACUACUUCCACACUGGAGACAUCGGGUACUGUGAUGGCAAGACCAAGAACUGGUAUAUCGUUGACCGGAAGAAGGAACUGAUCAAAGUCCGAGCAUUCCAAGUAGCACCACCAGAGCUCGAAGGCGUUCUCCUCAGCCAUCCAGACAUCGUGGAUGCCGCGGUGAUAGGCGUGCCAGACCCCACGAAUGCUGAGGGCUCAGAGUCGCCGCGGGCAUACAUUGUCCGACGGGAUGUGAAAAGUAGUCAGCCUUCUACGCAGGAGGUAGAUGCGUAUAUGAGGGAGCGGCUGGCGAAGUUCAAGAUGCUGACGGGUGGGAUUGUGUUUGUGGAGGCGAUACCGAAGAAUGCUUCUGGGAAGAUCUUGAAGAGACUCUUGAGAGAACAGGCGAAGAAAGAGAUGGCGUCGAAGCUGUAG